GGCUUUCCAGCUAGUGUCACUCCAGAUUAUGUCCCUUUUCAAAUUUGGGAUUCCUUGCAGGGACUCUCAACUUAUAUACGGUCCAUGCUUUCCACCCAAGCACUGUUGAGUGCUAUUGGAGUUGGCGUAAAAUCAGCCACUGUCAUCGGGGCCACCUUUCAGUGGUUUUUGAGGGAUUUUACUGGCAUGCUAGGAGGCAUCUUAUUUGCAUUUUAUCAGGGUUCCAAUCUCGAUAGCAAUGCUAAGAUGUGGCGUUUGGUCGCAGAUUUUAUGAAUGAUCUUGGUAUGCUGAUGGAUCUGAUUUCUCCAUUGUUUCCAUCUGCAUUUAUUCUAAUAGUCUGCUUGGGGAGCCUGUCAAGAUCAUUUACCGGCGUUGCAAGUGGUGCAACGAGAGCUGCUCUGACACAGCACUUCUCACUUGAGAAUAAUGCAGCAGAUAUUUCUGCCAAGGAAGGCAGUCAAGAGACUUUGGCAACAAUGAUUGGUAUGACCUUAGGAAUGCUUCUUGCUCAUCUUACAAGAGGAUAUCCUUUGGCAGUAUGGAUUUCAUUCCUUUUCCUGACCUUUUUUCAUAUGUAUGCAAAUUACAAGGCUGUAACGUGCCUUUCAUUAACAACGUUAAACAGCAAAAGAGGCUCCAUAUUGCUCCACAAUUUCAUGAAGAAUGGUCAAGUACUUUCACCGCAGCAGGUUUCAAAGAUUGAACAUGUGUUUCCUUCCUUGACUAAUCCAUGGAGUUCAAGCUAUAGUAUUCCGCUACACCAGCGUGUAUACUUGGGUGUCAGAGUCUCCGGUCUUGAUCAUCGUGACAUGGUGGAGCUUUCAGGAUCAAAUCUCUCUCAUUACAAAAAAGUUAAAUAUUUGCUGUUGGAGAGGAAAGGUGUUGUUCAUGCUAUAAUCCAUAAAAUCGCGGCACCAGCUGAUAUUUUGCAGUCCUUCAUUCAUGCUCUUGUCCUUGCGAGUCUUACCACACAAAGCAAGGCUGUGCACACUGAGAGCCGACUCUGGAUGGAUGAGCAUUACAAUGAUUUUAUAGCAAAGCUUCAUUCUGCAGGAUGGAAAGUUGAGCGACUUUUGACACCAUCCAUUGUCUGGAGAGCACAUUGGGAUACCGUUUCAGCUGAACAGAAGAUCAAUUAGUUAAUUUGUUCUCAACCACAACUACAUAGAAUUUUGUAGUCAGAAAAUUUUUGUGCAUUUAGGACAAUUUUUUAAUAUAUUUUUUUACUUUGCAAACUGCUUUCAUAUAUUUCUAUUUGUUUAGGGUGAUUCUUUUUGUAGACAUUUUACAAAAGUU